AUGGCCUAUAAUCACCGAAUGAGUCAACAGUUCCACAGCACCCAGCAACAUCAGAACCGGGGUCGCAAGAAGGAAGAUGAGAAUGAUGCCUUGAUGCGCUUGCCAGAUAAGGAAAUCGCAGGAUGUAUCAAUGACAUUGGAAUACCGUUCACAGCUGCCGAUUUGAUCAAGCCCAAUCCACAGCAGAUUCAGAUGGUGUUCGAAUGGUUUGCGGAGCUUCUGAUGAACACAACCAGAGAGACUGUAGAGCCUGCGAUGCGCGCAGCUGCAGAGGAUCUCAGCGGCGAUUAUCCCGAUAUUGUACCACUGGAAACACGUAAUCUCAUGGGAUUCUUCAUCAGUCUACGAAGAUUAAUGUCGGAGUGCGGCGUCAAUGAUUUCACCUUCACGGACCUAACGAAGCCCACGCAUGAUCGACUGGUCAGAGUAUUAUCCUAUCUCAUCAACUUUGUCAGAUUCCGCGAGUCUCAGACGCCGGUCAUCGACGAGCAUUUUAAUAAAACUGAGAAGACGAAGGCGCGCAUUGACACUCUAUAUGCGGAGAACCAAGAGAUGGAACAACGACUGGAGGAGAUGCGAAGGAGCCUGAAAGCGAACGAAGCCCAGGUCAAGGAGAAGGUUAGACGGAACGACGAGUUAAAAGCGCGGCUGUUGGAAUUGCGAAGAAAUCAGGAACGAGUUGCCGAAACCCUCGAGCGAGUCAAGGCGGAUAAGGCUCGACGACAGGCACAGUUGGAAGAGAAGACCGAGAAGAGUGUGCGCACACGACAAGAAGUCGAGAAGCUCCGACCAUACGCGAUGCAAAGUCCGGUUUCACUUCAAUCCGCCUUGACCGAACUUUCAGAAAGUCUACUACGAGAGAAAGCUCAGAUUGACGCUAUGGAGAAGAGAGCCCGAGCUCUGCAGACCUCAUCGGAUACAUUCACUGUAGUCGGAAACGAUGUACAAGCUUGUAUCAAGCUUCUUGAGGAUAUAUCUGUCGAAUUACAGAAGGAGGAAGAGGAAGAAUCCCGAGCAUCGAGGAACAAGGAAGCAAUUUCCGAAAGGGGAAAUAACGUCAGAGAGGUUGAGCAGACUGAGAAGUUACUUCAACGGCAGCUGACGCGGUGGAAUGAGAGAAUUGAAGCUCUGCGGAAAAAUGCCCAUGAGAAAGCAGAGGUUGCCCAAGCGCGGAUGGAUGAGCUUCGGAACGUCCAGAAACAGCUCCGCGAGGAGCGGGCAGAAAAGCAGCGUGAUAUGGAGAGGAGACGAAUCAGGAUUGAGCAAACGGAGAAGAAGAUGGUCGAUCUCAAGGAGAAUAUCGAAAACGAGAUCCAAAGUGCCCACGAUCAGUACUUGAAGUUGGAAUCGCAUAUUAAGUUGUAUAUCACGGAGAUGGAAAAGUGUCUAUGA